GAAGACUCGGAGACUCGCAGGAAGGGGAAACAGGAGGACUCGUGCGUGUUUCCGACUCGCUCUUUGGAUGCUUCUGCAGAGACGGUGAUGUCUACUAGGCAUGUGGGACAGCUUGCAAGUCCGUGAGGAUUCUUCAGUGCUCUGUUCUGCGGCUCCUUCCUUGGGUCAUGAGCGUUGGAUGGGAGACCAAGUUCUUGUCUGGAAAAGGAAAAGCGCUGUAUUAAUUGUGCAUCUGGAGCGUUGGCUUGUUCCGCUGUAGAACUCUCAGCCCAGAGCCUCAGCCCAGUGCUGUGGGUCGUGGAGAGGACUUGAGUGGGAGCGUAUACACUCACCUUUGGAGGCGUGUGUGUGUGUGUGUGUGUGUGUGUGUGUGUGUGUGUGCGUGGAGUAGAUGGAGUUGUAGUGUUCAGCCAUGCUCUGUGGCCUCAGGAGAGAGGGGAGGACAGGCAGCACUGAUGAUGUUCCUUACUCCAAGGGGAGCAGGGAAUCCAGCAACGCUGAUGGUACCCUGAUCUCCAAAAGACGAAGUAUUGCAGUAGAGGAGCUGCGGGGUCUGACCACGGUGGAGCUGAUGAAGAGGGAGGGCAGCAGCCUCGGCCUCACCAUCUCCGGGGGCUCUGACAAGGACGGCAAGCCCAGAGUGUCAAACCUGCGGCUGGGGGGGCUGGCGGCCAGAAGUGACCAGCUGAAUGUCGGAGAUUAUAUCAAGUCUGUGAACGGCAUCAACCUGACCAAACUUCGCCAUGAUGAAAUUAUCAGCCUACUCAAGAACAUUGGAGAGAGGGUGGUGUUAGAAGUGGAGUAUGACCUGCCUCCAUAUGUGCCCAAUAACUCUGCUGCUGUGAUCUCAAAGACCAUUGAAGUGUGUCUUCAGAAGGAAGGCAACAGCUUUGGUUUUGUUAUGAGAGGAGGUUUUCAUGAGGACUGGCACAGGUCACGACCUCUAGUGGUAACCUAUGUCCGGCCCGGAGGCCCUGCAGACAGGGAGGGCACUCUGCGAACAGGGGACCGUGUGCUGAGUGUGAACGGGGUGGCUCUGCACACACACAAACACGCUGACGCACUUACCACGCUGAUGCAGAGCAACCAGGAGUCCUUCUUCCUCAUCGAGUAUGAUGUCUCCAUCAUGGACUCGGUGAAGCAGGCCUCAGGGCCUCUGCUGGUGGAAAUUCCAAGGCCUGCGGGCUCAACACUGGGGGUCAGCCUGACUACAGCGCUCUACAGGAAUAAGCAGGUCAUCACUAUAGAAAAGAUCAAGCCAGCCAGUGUGGCCGAGAGGUGUGGAGCACUGCAUGUAGGGGAUAUUCUCCUUUCCAUUGAUGGCACGAACACAGAGCACUGCACCUUAAUGGAGGCACAUCAGCUGCUGGCCACCAGCACAGACAUUACCAAACUGGAAAUCCUCCCAGCCCACCAGGACCCAGUGCGAGUGCAGAAGAGUGGUCAGCGCCAGUGGGACCCCAGCGUGAGUUAUCUGCAGCCAGGCCACCAGACGGCGCAUGGCAAAGCCACCACAGCCCCCUGGACUGUCCAGGGCAGCCACGGAACGACGGGUCCGCCGCACAGCCACCUGGCCCCCUCUGACCACUGCAGGACCCUGCCACCCAACAGCUACUCCCCCUCCUCAACAAACACUUCUGGCUACCACAGCCAGAACAGCAGCGCUCCGACUACAUAUCCCAGCAGCACCCAGCCUCAAUAUCCCAGCAACACCUAUCCCUCUAGCCCCCGGAGUACCGUGACCAAGAGGAGGCAACGAAGGAAGGACCACAAGAGCUCACUGUCUCUGACCUCUAGUACGGUGGCCCCUGGGGGACAUGUGGUGCACAUGGAGACCAGUGAGGUGAUCCUGAGAGGAGACCCCCUGACUGGGUUCGGCAUCCAGCUACAGGGGGGUGUGUUCGCCACCGAAACCCUCUCAGCCCCAGCCUGCAUCCGCUUCAUAGAGCCGGACAGUCCCGCCGAGAAAUGUGGAGUAAUCCAGGUAGGAGACAGACUGCUCUCUAUCAACGGAAUCCCCACAGAGGACGGGACUCUGGAGGAGGCCAAUCAGCUGCUCCGGGACACGGCGCUAGCCAAUAAGGUCACUCUGGAAAUCGAAUUUGAUGUUGCUGAAUCGGUGGUACCAAGCAGUGGCACAUUCCAUGUGAAGCUUCCCAAGAGACGUGGUGUAGAGCUGGGUAUCACCAUCAGCAUAAGCAAAAAGCCUGGACAACCUCUGGUCAUUUCUGAAAUCAAGCGAGGAAGCAUUGCCCAUAGGACGGGUACUCUGGAGCCGGGUGACCGGCUUCUGGCCAUAGAUAAUGUUCGUCUGGAAAACUGUGGGAUAGAGGAGGCCAUGAAAGUCCUCCAGCAGGCUGAAGACAUGGUCAAACUCUGGAUACAGAAAGAUGAGGACAACACAGAGGAGUUGGAGAUGUCUGACUCCAUCAUGUACACCGUGGAACUGAAGCGCUAUGGUGGCCCACUGGGCAUCACCAUCUCGGGCACUGAGGAGCCCUUUGACCCCAUCCUCAUCUCCAGCCUCACCCGCAAUGGCCUGGCGCAAAGGACGGGAGCCCUGCAUGUAGGGGACCGGAUUCUGGCCAUCAACAAUGUGAGCCUGAAGGGGAAGCCACUGAGUGAGGCCAUUCAGCUGCUGCAGACGGCCGGAGAGGCGGUCACCCUCAAGAUCAAGAAGAGAGCUCAACAUGUCAGUGGACUGAGUGACACAGAGGACGACCAGUCGGAGAGAGCGGCUACCCUCCCGGAGCUCAACCCCUUAAACAUUGCUGGCCUGGACUCCGUGCUGGAGUCCUGGAACAGCUCGGGCAUCGACCCCGGAUAUGACCGCCAGGGUACAUAUAUACACAGGACAGCCGACUUGACCCUCCACCCUCACGAGUGGAGACGCAGCAAACACAGAAGCCCACUGCGCUCCUCCGCCCGCACACACCACCCUCCAGCGUACGAUGGGAGGUUAGAUGAAGACGAGUGGAGCAAACACUUAGGAUCCCUCAGUCCCGUGCGUCGCCGUGGUAACAGUGAAAAUCAGGAGAGUUUCUGGUCGCAAGCGUUACAGGAUCUGGAGACGUGCGGGCAGUCAGGGAUCCUGAGAGAGCUGGAGGCUUCCAUGAUGUCUGGCAGCAGCCUGAGUCUGGGAACAGAUGACACCUGUCUGUCACAUGACCGCCUUCAGUCGCGCAAGGUCGCUCCGCCAAAGCCCAAGAGAAGCUCCUGGGCGGGCGUCGUGGAGAAAGAGGAUCUGAAAGAGAUGACCUCGGCCUCGCCUCUAGAACUGCUGAAGGUGAUCCUACAGAGAGACCCAGAGAUGCGUGAUUUUGGCUUCAGUGUGUCAGAUGGUCUGCUGGAGAAAGGCGUGUACGUCAACAUGAUCCGACCUGAUGGUCCUGCCCACCAGGCGGGCCUGCAGCCUUACGACCGCAUCCUACAGGUAAACCAUGCACGCACGCGGGACUUUGACUGCUGCCUGGCUGUGCCUCUCAUCAGUGAGGCUGGUGAGCAGCUCAACCUUGUCAUAAGCAGGAACCCCCUCACUCAGGCACAUGUUUGGCCACCUCAGGACUCUGAGGACCCCUCAGGCCCAGCAGCACUCUACCCCCAGCACAGGCCCAAUGCUGUGCAGCUCUGAGGGCCUGGGAGCGAUUUCCACAAGUUCACACACACACACUCCACUCUACACACCCCACCUGCCCCCUCACAUACCAUGGCAGCUGACUGGACCUGAUCUGGCUUUGAGCCGAUCUGAUACGGAUGGGUCCUGACCGGUCCUGCAAGGGCUCGAUUAGGGCAGGUCUAAUUCACAAUUAGCUGCUUUAACCGUGCCAAAGUCCAGGAUAAAUCCAUGGGACCGCUAAAAGCUAAAGUAGUUCACAAGAGUUGAGCACACAGGACUUCUCACCACGGUCACCAUGUUCUUUUCUUUUUGUUCUGUAUUUGUUUUGAAGUCAUUCCCUCACUUGUUUUUACACAACCUGUAAUGCACACCAUUUUCCUUUACUUGUUCUUACACAUCCUGUAACGUACACAGUUUCCCUUAAGUUUUUCACACGGCACUGCACCCCCCCCAUCUUGCUCAUGUCACUCUCCUUUCUCGUUGCCACCCCUCACUCUCAGCACACUCACCCACGCUUUAGCACACACGCUUUAACACACACACUUUAGCCCCAUUCAAAUCUAUGUCUAGAAGUCUAGAAUGCUUACAUAACUGGUCUGAGCCUGUACGUGAGAUUAUGACUGUCAUAUAUGUCCCUGAUUCCCCAGGGAAGUUGUACGGCACAGAGGUUGUUUUUAAUGCUUUUAACAAGUCAUUUUUCUUUUUAAUAUGAUGAAGUGUUUUAACUGUGAGAGCUGGGCACGUAGCCCUGCCACAGUGCCAGAGUGUGAGAGGCUGUAGAGUCAAGCAGAGCAGCUCCUUCUCCAUUCCAGCUUUCCUGCUCCCAGAUAGUAAUGCCAUCCAUUAUUCAUGCCCUGGUUCUAUAUUGUGUACAGUGGAUGCCGUGCAUUUGUACAUGUGAUAUUAAAUAUGGAUCGUCUGCACAGUAUUUUUACUUGUCCUCCCCCCAGUGUCCAACAGUAAUGACCAUGAUGUCAGGAGAGGGGAGGGGGGGUUGAGAGACUCUGUCUGCCUGUAAAAUGUGAUUUUAUUCUUUUAAAAAUGGAUUUGCUUCCUUUCUAUAC